AUGAAAAGAUAAAAAUAAUUUGAAUUCAGCCUCACCGAAAAAAUUAUUUAAUAGCGUAAACCCUUGAGAAUGAGCCCAAGUUUUCGUAUCAAAUAUUACAGCCCGACAAAAGUUUAAAAGAUGAAAUUCGACUAUUAAAAGGAUAUAAGACAAUAUAAGAGUCAUUGUUUUGACCAGUUUAUCGAUAAUUAUCAUAUCCCUACCAUCCACACUUAAAGAGCAGCAAGUUAAAAAAGAACCUGCAUGUACUCAAGAUAACAAACACCUAGCAAUUCUUAAGUCAAUCACAAUAAUUCUGAAAUCUAGCACAAUAAAUACUUAGAGUUUUCCAAAUUAACAAGACAGAAAAGACAAAUCAAAAUUAUUCAUCUAUUGUAAUGA